ACUUCCCGCCUCUCUGCUUUCCUUUCUAUAAAUACGGAACACUCACAAUUCCAAAUUACAACUCUCAUUCUUCCACCUUUUUUAAGAAAAGAAAAGCUUUAACCUAAUGGCCCGCACAAAGCAAACCGCCCGCAAGUCAACUGGGGGCAAGGCUCCGAGAAAACAACUGGCCACAAAGGCCGCCAGAAAGUCAGCUCCGGCCACAGGCGGAGUGAAGAAGCCUCAUAGAUUCCGUCCAGGAACGGUGGCUCUCCGAGAAAUUAGAAAAUAUCAGAAGAGCACCGAGCUUCUCAUUAGGAAGCUGCCAUUCCAGAGGUUAGUGAGAGAAAUUGCUCAGGAUUUCAAGACAGAUCUGAGGUUUCAGAGCAGUGCCGUGGCGGCGCUUCAGGAGGCGGCGGAGGCGUACUUGGUGGGGCUGUUUGAGGACACAAAUUUAUGCGCUAUUCAUGCGAAGAGGGUGACUAUUAUGCCCAAGGAUAUUCAGCUUGCUAGGAGGAUUAGAGGUGAAAGGGCUUAAACAGGAAUAUGAGAUAUCAAUGUUUAGGAUUGGAUGGUGGAUUAAGAUUAGGUUGGACUUGGUUUGGUUUAUAUUGUAUGGCAUGUGUUUGUUAAAAUUCUUGUGAAUGCGGAACUUCAUCCUUUUAUUCA